AUGAGCCGCGUGGUCUCACUGCUGCUGGGAGCCGCGCUGCUCUGCGGCCACGGAGUUUUCUGCCGCCGGGUGGUCAGCGGCCAAAAGGUGUGUUUUGCUGACCUCAAGCAUCCCUGCUACAAAAUGGCCUACUUCCAUGAACUGUCCAGCCGAGUGAGCUUCCAGGAGGCACGCCUGGCUUGUGAGAGUGAGGGGGGAGCCCUUCUCAGCCUGGAGAAUGAAGCAGAACAGAAGCUAAUAGAAAGUAUGUUGCAAAACCUGACAAAACCAGGAACAGGGAUUUCUGAUGGUGAUUUCUGGAUAGGGCUUUGGCGAAACGGAGAGGGGCAAAUACCUGGUGCUUGCCCAGACCUCUACCAGUGGUCUGAUGGAAGCAGUUCCCAGUACCGAAACUGGUAUACUGAUGAACCUUCCUGUGGAAGUGAAAAGUGUGUGGUGAUGUAUCAUCAGCCAACGGCCAACCCAGGCCUUGGGGGUCCCUACCUUUACCAGUGGAAUGAUGACAGGUGCAACAUGAAGCACAAUUACAUCUGCAAGUACGAACCAGAGAUUAACCCAACUUCUCCUGUAGAAAAGACUUAUUUUACAAAUCAACCAGGAGACACCCCUCAAAAUGUGGUUGUUACUGAAGCAGGCAUAAUUCCCAAUCUAAUUUAUGUUGUUAUACCAACAAUCCCACUGCUUUUAUUGAUACUGGUCGCUUUUGGAACCUGCUGUUUCCAGAUGCUGCAUAAAAGUAAAGGAAGAACAAAAACUAGCCCAACCCAGUCCACACUGUGGAUUUCAAAAAGCACCAGAAAAGAAAGUGGCAUGGAAGUAUAAUAAUUCACUGACUUGGCUCCAAAACAGAAAAUAAGAUUUUCUAAUCCUGGAUCUACAUCAGGAAUGGCAUCAGAACACUAGCUUGGAAUGGCUUGAAAUCUCAAAGGAUCUGCAAGAUGAACUGUAAGCUCCCCCUUGAGGCAAAUGUUAAAAUAAUUUUUAUA